UCUCUUAUUAUUUCGCAAACAGAGCGAACGCAUCUUGCCGGUUGGCAAAGAAGAGCGCUACAGGAGAGGGUGGGGCAGGGCAGAGCCUCACGUCGUGGAAGUGUUUUGGAGCAGGUAGCGAGCGUCGAAGGGGCAAAAUGUCGGAGAGGAAAGUGCUAAGUAAAUACUACCCUCCAGACUUCGAUCCGUCGAAGAUCCCCAAGCUUCAGCUUCCUCGGGACAGGCAGUAUGUGGUCCGGCUGAUGGCACCUUUCAACAUGAGGUGCAAGACUUGCGGUGAGUACAUCUACAAAGGAAAGAAAUUCAACGCCCGGAAGGAGACGGUCCAGAAUGAAUCCUACCUGGGGCUUCCCAUCUUCCGGUUUUACAUCAAAUGCACCCGCUGCCUUGCGGAAAUCACCUUCAAGACAGACCGAGAACACGGCGCCACUCGGAACUUCCAAGCCGAGAAGCUGCUGGAGGAAGAGGAGAAGCGCCUGCAAAAAGAGAGAGAGGAUGAAGAGCUGAACAACCCAAUGAAGGUUUUGGAGAACAGGACCAAAGACUCCAAGCUCGAGAUGGAAGUCCUGGAGAAUCUGCAGGAGCUGAAGGAGCUGAACCAGCGCCAGGCCCACGUGGACUUCGAGUCCAUGCUGCAGCAGUACCAAGCGUACGAGGAGCAGCAGAGGCAGCGGGAGCUGGAGGAGGACGAGCGGGAGACCAAAGCUAUGCUAGAACAAGCCCAGAGCAGGAAGUUGCUGCAAGACUCCGAUUCAGAUGAGGACUCUCCUCCUGGUCCUGCUAAGUCGUUUGCAAAAGCAAAGCCUACAGACAUCCUGCGAGAGGAUUCAGAGCCGCAAGCAAAGAAGAUGAAGGUGGAAAGCUGGGAGAAGAGCGUCGGGAAACUCUCCAACAAGGCCAAACUCUCCGGGCUGGUGACUGCCAAGAGGAAGCCGGAUUUGAGCGUGGCAAAUGGGGCGGACAGUUGGAACAUGCCGCCGGGCCCAGGUGCCGGGAGUGCAGACAAGAUCUCUGUGGAUACCUCUCUGGCUUCCGGCUUAAAAGCAGGCGCCUCUUCCCUCAGCCUCCCGGGAGCAUAUUCUGACAGCGAGGACAGUAAAAGUGACUGACCACCCCUGGUUGAGGGAGGGAGUAGCCUGCGGCUAUUUAUUGUUAUUAUUUAUUUAUAUGCUGUAAAUAGAAUGGCUGGGUAACCAGCCAGAUGAGCGUCUAACAAAUUGAAUAAAUAAAUAAUAAUAAUACUUGAUUCUCAGAUAUUCUGGCUGUUUCUUUGUCCACCCCACAACGUUCUUCUAG